CAUGAUUGUGCUGGCGUCGUAUGUCUUUGUAGGCCGUUUUUGCCAUGGCUCGUACCAAGCAGACAGCGCGCAAGUCGACGGGCGGCAAGGCCCCGCGCAAGCAGCUGGCCACCAAGGCGGCCCGCAAGAGCGCGCCGGCCACCGGCGGCGUCAAGAAGCCGCACCGCUACCGGCCCGGCACGGUGGCCCUGCGCGAGAUCCGCCGCUACCAGAAGUCCACCGAGCUGCUGAUCCGCAAGCUGCCGUUCCAGCGGCUGGUGCGCGAGAUCGCGCAGGACUUCAAGACCGACCUGCGCUUCCAGAGCUCGGCCGUGAUGGCGCUGCAGGAGGCGUGCGAGGCCUACCUGGUGGGGCUCUUCGAGGACACCAACUUUGCUUUCCUGAAAGCCAUGUCUGGCCGAGGCAAAGGCGGGAAGGGCCUAGGCAAGGGGGGCGCCAAGCGCCACCGCAAGGUGCUGCGCGACAACAUCCAGGGCAUCACCAAGCCCGCCAUCCGGCGGCUGGCCCGGCGCGGCGGCGUGAAGCGCAUCUCCGGCCUCAUCUACGAGGAGACCCGCGGGGUGCUCAAGGUGUUCCUGGAGAACGUGAUCCGGGACGCCGUCACCUACACGGAGCACGCCAAGCGCAAGACGGUCACGGCCAUGGACGUGGUGUACGCGCUCAAGCGCCAGGGCCGCACCCUCUACGGCUUCGGGGGCUAACUUGCCGGGUUUCGCCACCAGAACGUUUCAUUUCUCAACCAAAGGCCCUUUUCAGGGCCACCCAA